UUUUUAUUGAGCGGGUAGAGCACAGCAAUUUUUUUUUCUUGUUUCCGAAGAAACUAGAGGCUAGCAAAUCCAGCCCCCGCUCUGUAAGUUUGGAGGAUCACAGGGUCUUCGCCAUUACUAUUCCACCGCCGGAAGUGAGCAACAAUGGCGUAUGAUCUCAAAGACGACGUCGAUAGACUCUUUGCUUGUUUUAAGUGCGGAGUUUCGCCUCCCCCAUCAGCGUUGAAGGAAAGGAAAAGCAGUGAGCGGAAGCCUUCCGGACCGGCAAAAGGAGGAUCAGGAUCUCCUGUGGUUGAUGAGAAAGAAGCGCCUAGCUGUUCCAAGCAAGGAGACGAUAAUGUCAUGGAGGGGCAGAAGGUCUUUGCACUAUCCGGACUAGCUGAUGACAUGCUAUGCAAGUGUGGUUCAUCAACAACUGCUGCGAUAAAAUUUCGGAGUGGCAAGCAGAUAUCUCCAGUCAUCUUCUAUGGAUCUGCACGGGGUGUCCCUGUUAAAAGACCAUCAAGAAUUUUGAGAUUAUUACAAGAAAUUCGAGUUGAUCUUAGGGAAGAGAAUGUUUUGAUCCCUAGGGAUGGUGUCUGGGCUACAUUCCCUAGACAAGAAGAGGCGUUCAGGUUUGCCAGAACACACAGAAAUAGUAACGUGUUUAGUUAUCAAGAUCAUUUGACUGGGAAAAGACGGUUCCUUGUGUCUACAUAUGUUGAGUUUUGGAGAAGGUAUAAAAGUAUGGACUCCAAAUUACGGCAUCAUUAUGAAGUUAUUCAAGAGGGUCAUCCUUGCCAUCUAUAUUUUGACCUUGAAUUUGAUAAGAGGCUCAAUAUUGGUAGAAAUGUAGACGAGAUGGUCGACAUUUUGAUAUCUGUCACUUUAACUGCUAUAUAUGAGAAGUAUUCUAUUCAAGCAAAUCAUGAAUUGGUUGUAGAGCUUGAUUCAUCUACUGAAGAAAAGUUCUCACGUCAUUUGAUCAUUCGUCUUCCAAAGACUGCCUUCAAAGAUAACUCACAUGUUGGUGCAUUUGUUUCUGAGAUUUGCUCGCGAAUUGCAAGUUUGAGGGAAAUUGAUCCUCGAGUUAAUAAAUUAUAUAUUAGGAAAGACUCAUGCUGUUCUGAUUCAGCGGAUCACCUUUUUCUUGAUUCUGCCGUGUACUCUCGAAACCGCUGCUUUCGUCUGGCCUUCUCUUCAAAGUCUGGGAAAAGCUCAUUUUUGUUACCCACUGGACGCUUCAAAUGUAAAAACAUGACCGAACAACAAGUGCUUUUGGAAUCUCUUAUAUGCAGAAUGGAAGAAGACUUCGAGAAAAUUCUGAUAUGUAAAAUGGAUAUAGAUUGCAUGAAAGCUCUUUCUUUUGAUACUGAGGAUCAUGUUCAACAUCAGAAUUUUCUCUGGGAGGUUGAUUCCAAUCUUCAUAGCAGUGGAACUACUAGUAGUUACGUUACAGGGAGAUCACCAUUUCCUGCUUUGGACGCAUUUGUGGAAUCCAUUGCGUCAAUUGGAAGUGCUUUGGGGAAAAUCCAAAGCUGGUAUUGGUUUUCGUCGUAUGGCUUAAUGGUCUACAACAUGUCUAGAAAUAGAUACUGUGAGCGCAUUGGAAGAGAACAUAAAAGCAAUCACGUAAUGUAUGUGGUAGACUUCCAGAGGGCUGGCUACUAUCAGAAAUGUCAUGAUCCUGAUUGUAGAGGCUAUCGUUCUCCUCUUCGUCCAUUACCAUGGGAUGUGUUUCCUGACAGUUCUACACUAUCAAAUUCGAUUCAAAUAGAGAAUUAUGAGGAGGUUGUCAAUAUAGAUAUUGAUCUUCAGCUUGGCAAUGCUAACAUGGAUGCAUUUGAUAGUGAACAAUUAUUAACAGAUAGUUGCACAGACAUGAGCUGGUGGCAUGAAGCAAUAAAUUUUGCUGAAUGUAUCGAAAACAUGAGAAAUGUAUCUGAUUUUAGUGUAUUGGAUAAAGAUAUUAUGGAUGAUGAUUCUGCUUGGUGGACCUAUGUCGAAAAGAUUGUCACAAGUUGAAUAGUAAACCAGUUUAUGCUUGCGUUUUGCUCAAAGGCUAAUCAUGUGUCAAGAGAACGAGAAAUUAUUCUAUGCGGACACUGGACGGUCCGGAGACCAAUUAGAACACGGUCACCAGUACACAGCGGUACCAAGCACCGGUACCGAAAAAAAAAGUAACGUGGAGCAUUCUGAUUGGUCUUCGAAUGCCGUCCAAGAUCCGCACAUAAUAAUUUUCCCAGAGAACACCCUAUUAUGUUCGAUUUUGAAAUUGUAGGAGCAAAUUUUGAGUAUUUGUAAUUUUAUUUUAUAACUUGUAACUUUUUAUAUAUCUAAUGUCCUUUUUUAUUCGAUCAGUAGUGGAAUUAGAAAGGCCCAUACAGUUAUGAAAUUAUCUCUUAACUGUUAUAGUUAUGUAUAAUAUAUAGGUAAGAUUUAAGUCGUGUUUGGAACAGCUU